AUGUGCUGCAAUUCUACCGCCUAUCGCGACUCUUUCAAUUCUGCUCGGAUAAAAUCUUCAAAAGAAAAUCAUCGUCCGAUAAAAUUUGUUCGCUUUCAAGUUCCUCCAGAAACUUGUAUUUCCUGCGAAGAGCUCACGAAGAGAGCGAGAAAAUCGAGGCGAAAGCUGACGAAAAUGUAUCCAAGCUCGGCGGCUGAGUAUAGCGAGCCAUACGAACAAGCGCCAAAGUCAAUUCUCCUGAACUCGUCGGAAAAUCAGCCUCAAGACCUGAAUCAAGGGCGCAAGAGCAUCAGAGUAAGCAAAUACGUCACAGAUGGAGAAGUGACGAGGAUGAAAGUCAAGUACAAAAAACAACGAUCAAAUAAGCUUUUAGAGCUCACGAACAAGGCGCUAGAAGAAGGAGCAAAAGCGGAGAAAAAUGCAGUUGAAAAUACAGAUCGAGCGCGGAAAAUUCAUGAGAAGCAGGAACAAAUUUAUGAUGAGUUUGUCAAAGCAGAAACUCGAAGCAAAGAGAUCAACAGGGGGAUGAUGUUCUCGCUCAUUUGUGUGCCUCUUCGAAAAAUAACCCGUUGCUUCCGGAAAGAAAAGAAGCGCGAGCGGGCAUACUACGAAGAAAGCGAAAAAGAAAAGCUUCGUCGAGAACGGGUUGAAAGAGUCGAAAGAAAUCAUCAACGUCGCGUCAGUUCUGUCGAUCCACCGAGAAAAUCCGUCCAGCUUCGACAAGCGCGAGCCGGAGUAGCCACGGGUUUUUGA